AUGUCAUCAAAUGCACUUAGUGCAGUAUUUUGGAGACGCGAUUAUCUAUCAAUCGGUUCAGUCUCUAGUGUUAUUUAUAUUGUUCUUUGUCUUAUACUUUUUUAUGAUCUACAAUCAAGAAUUCAAAUUUUUGCAAUGUUGAGAAGCAAUGAGGGUCUAUGUGGUUCUGGUGUAUGGGGUCCGAUAACCGAAGAUGGCCUUGAACUUACUCAAUGCGCUCGAGAAGUAAAUUUGACCGAUAUUUUAUUCAGCAUUCUUAAUGCUGCCAUUCCUAUAUGUAUUAUCAUUUUGUCUAUAACAAACUUAAUAGUUCGUCGAUGUCGUGGACGAACAACUAGUCGAAGUUAUUAUGCUCCUUUACCAGGAAAUGAUCCGGGCGCAUCACCAAAUGAAUCUGGAAAUAUACCGGUUUCGAAAUAUGAUAUUGCCCAAAUUAUAAUUUCUUUUUUUCAUUUGGGAUUUAUUGGAUUUCUUUUUGGCUGGCGGAUGGAUGAUGAGGGUUAUACUGGACUAUAUUUAGUGAUUGGUGCUAUAGGUCAAUUUUUUUCCUGGUUAUAUAUUGGUGCAUUGAUAGCGUGUCAUUUUAUGACACGAAGAAAUCAGACUCAACAUGCAUAUCUAAGACAUCUUCUCUUGUUUUACGCGUAUUUUGUAAUAGUUGCUUUCAUUAAUCUUCGAUCAAUGCUCAAACAUGAACCGAAAGGUUAUGAAUUAGUGUUUUCAAUAUGGAACGCUAUUGCUUGUAGUAUAUUAUUAGCUUGCUCUCUUAAAAGACCAAGAAAUCCAGAGUUGAAAUAUGCGAGAGAUCGAGUAAUAUCUCAUGAUACUAUUGCUUCCCUAUGGUCAUUAUUAUCUUUUGCAUGGAUGACUCCGAUUAUCAAAUUAGGGAAUAGACGUGUUCUCACUGAGGAAGAUUUGUGGGAAUUGCCAUCAAGGUGCCAAUCGGCUCAAUGUUAUCAUGAAUUAGAAAGAAUAACCAAUAUGGAUCUUUUAUCACGGUUACUUGUUGCCAACGCUACAAAUCUAGUUUUUUUCCUUAUUAUCGCAAUAUUCCGAUCAAUCUUUGCUUUUACUACUCCUCUCUUCCUAUAUCAUUUGUUAAAGUAUCUAUCAUCAGCAGAUCGUUCGCAACAAUAUUCGGAAGAACCUUAUCUUUAUGUAUUUGGGAUAUUAAUAUCCGAACUCUUUAGAAUUGUUUUCUUAAAUCAAUUGAAUUAUCAAGUGGUAUGGCUUGGGAUUAGAGUGGAACAAAUGCUUAGUGUAUUAAUAUAUGAAAAGCAAUUACGUUUGAAGACGUCUCCUAGAGCUGCAAGUAAUAAACCAAACAAUGUGCUCACAGCAGAUGUCGAUGACAUUGCCGGUUUUUUCUCAAAUCUACCUUUUAUAAUUACGAUACCCCUCGAAAUCUUGGCUGCUAUGGUUUUUUUGUUUCGAUUGUUGGGCUGGCCUAGUUUAGUUGGUGUUGGUGUAAUGAUCUUAUGUCUUUGGAGUAAUAAAAGAUUUGGAAGACGCGUAACCAGAUUGCAGAAACGGGUAAAAAAGGCGAGAGAUGACAGGGUCGGUGAAAUCUUUGAGCUUCUCCACGCAGUUCGAAUGAUUAAAAUGUUUGCAUGGGAGAGUAGCUUUCACGAAAGACUAAUGUUAUCUCGCAAAAGAGAGCUUACUUAUUUACGAAGUUUGUUUUGGCGCACCACGAUGCUUACAUUACUUGUUCACCUAACGCCGUUCCUCGUAACAUUAUUUGCUUUUGCUUCUUUCACUUAUUUCAAAAUAAAAGACAAUGAAGAUUAUCCCCUGACCGCUGCUAUUGCUUUUACAAGUAUCACAUUGUUCAAUACACUUAAACAGCCUUUACAGAUAUUCCCUAAUUUAGUUGUUGAACUUGUAAGCUUGGGUGUAGCCAUAGGAAGAGUUGAAAAGUUUUUACAUGAGCCUGAUGUACAAAGGGAAGGCUCAGGGUUUAGCAUAAAUCCUACAAGGACUUCCGUUGGGUUUAAUAAUGUUGAUGUUGCUUGGAAUUAUCAUAUAAAUGUUAGAGAUCAUAAUGAAUUUAUGUUAAAAGGUGUUAAUUUGGAAUUUCCUUUGGAAAAACUUAGCAUUGUCUGUGGACAAAAAUCAUCAGGAAAAUCUCUUCUCUUGCUUUCUCUUCUUCGUGAAACGUUUAUCUUACGAGGAAAAAUUCUUUUUCCUUCUUCAUCUAUUACGUAUGUUCCUCAGCAAGCAUGGUUGGAAAACACAACUUUUAGAGAUAAUAUUUUAUUUGGUGAACCUUUUAAUGAUGAACGUUACUGGAGGAUUGUUGAUUCUUGUUGCCUAACAAAUGACUUUGAGAAUUUUGAUCAAGCUGAUUUCACAGAGUACGAUGAAAAAAAUAUGGUUCUAUCUGAUGGACAGAAGGUUCGUGUAGCACUUGCUCGAGCUUUGUAUAGUUCAGCCGAGAUUUUACUUGUUGAUGAUUUUUUAUCCUCCUUAGACACGAAUACAGCUCGUCAAAUUAUUAAUAAUUGUCUUAAAGGUCCGCUGGUUCAUGGUCGGACUGUAAUAAUGGUAACUCAUUAUGUGAGAUAUUUUGUGGAUAAUGCAGCUUAUAUUGUUAUACUUGGAGAUAGCUUAGUUCAGGCAAAAGGUACUCCACAAGAAUUGCGUGAAGCUGGUUCGCUUACUGAAGAAGUGCUCGGAAAAGAAAUUAAACCGGAACCAGAACAUAUAGAUAAAAAUGAUCAAAAUCUUGUAAAUCAGGCGAUAGAGAAAUCAGUUGCUGACAAAAAAAAUUGGGCUGUUGAAGAAGCUCGUUUUCAAGGAAAGAUUCAACCUGGAGUUUACUACUUUUAUUUUAAAUCUAGCGGUGGAAUAAUACUAUGGUUUUCACUCAUCAUUCUAUUUAUAAUCAUACGACUUUUAACGGUAGGUGAAACCUAUUGGUUAAAAGAAUGGUCAGAGGCUGACGACAAACCGGAGAAAUAUUACAUCCAGAUAUAUGCUCUUAUAGCUUUAGCAUCCGCCAUCUUUACGAUUAUUCGUAUGGCGUGGCAAUUCUUUUUUGUUUCUCUUAAAGGUUCCAAGACUUUAUUUUCAAAGCUCCUAAAUGCUAUACUUAGGGCACCUUUGAGCUUUUUUGAUACCGCUCCGUUAGGCAGGGUAAUGAAUAGGUUUUCAAAAGAUUUAGGAAUGAUAGAUCAAGGUCUUGUAACUGUCAUUUCAAGUUUUAUUGGAAAUGCUAUAGGUGCAAUAAGUGUUCUUGUUGUUGUCACAGUUGUAACACGUGAAUUCUUCUUCGUCUCUAUUGUUGUUAUCAUUUUAUAUCUAAUCAUUGGAAGCAUGUACAUUAAUGUCUCUCGAGAAUUAAAAAGACUACAGUCAAUUACGCGAUCUCCUGUUUUAUCGUGGUAUACUGAAACGAUAACUGGUAUUACGACCAUCAGAGCAUUCAAAGCUGAGCAACGAUAUGUUAAAAAGUUUAUUGAAAGACUCAAUACAUCCAAUAGAACGACAUAUCUCUUGCAUAUGUCUAAUAGAUGGAUGUCAAUUCGUAUGGGUUGUAUUGGAGCUUUUGCAUCAUAUUUGGCAGGAAUAUUCAUUCUUCGUCAUUAUGAUCGCAUUGAUGCUGGGUUGGCUGGUUUCUGUUUAAGUUAUGCACUUGGUUUCGUACAAAUUGUGUUUAUGCUUGUUAAAGAUUAUACUAUUAUGGAAACAAGUUUGAGUAGCGUUGAACGAAUUAAAGAAUAUAUUGAAAUGCCACAAGAACCACCUGCCGUCAUUGAUAACGCACAUCCUCCAGCUGCAUGGCCGACCAAUGGUAAAAUUGAGGUUUCAAACCUAACAGUACAAUACUCACCACAAUUCGAACCUGUACUUCGAGAUAUUUCUUUUACAGUAAAUGAAGAAGAAAAAGUAGGAAUCGUUGGAAGUUAUAAAUGUAGAACGGGGUCCGGCAAAACAACGCUGGCUAAUUCGUUCCUUCGUCUAACUGAAGCGACUGAAGGAUACAUUAUUAUCGACGGUAUAGAUAUUUCUAAUUUGGGUUUAGAGGAUUUAAGGUCACGGUUAACUAUUAUAUCUCAAGAUCCCAUUCUAUUUGAGGGAACUGUUCGCUCGAAUCUGGAUAUUCGAUGUGAAUAUGAUGAUCAAGACUUAUGGGAAGCAUUGAGAAGAGUUCACCUUGUACAUUUUGAAGAAAGUUUGGCAAACGAUCAGGUUUUCGUCGUUGGACCAAUAACGAACUUAGAAGAUCCUGUAAAUGAGGGUGGUAAUAAUUUUUCUAGAGGCCAAAGACAAUUACUUUGUUUAGCUAGAGCGUUACUGCGACAAUCCAAGAUAAUUAUCAUGGAUGAGGCAACUGCCAGCAUUGAUCCAGAAACAGAAAAUAAAAUACAGGAAACUAUAAAGAACGAAUUUACUAAUGCCACAGUGCUAUGCAUUUCACAUCGCUUUAAAACCAUUAUAGAUUCGGAUCGAAUUCUUGUUCUGAACGAAGGUGAAAUAGUUGAAUUUGACACUCCAUAUCGUCUUAUAAAUAAUAUGGAUAGUUUGUUUAGACAUUUAUGUGAGCAGACCGGAGAAUUAGAGACAUUGAUGGAAUUAGCAAGGUUAAACAAUCCAGAGGAAGAGGAAAUGGUAUCGGUAGGGGAAGAUGAUGAAGAACUACUGGAAAUGGAAAGCGAUGAAACAGAGGAGGACAAUAUAGACAAGAAGACUGUAGCAUAUUAA